AUGCAUGACAAAAAUUUAAAGCGUUUUCGUGUAUCAUUACGCGAUAUUCAUCCAAGUCUUGAUGCAUCGGUUUCUAUUACACGACGACAAUAUCCAACAAAUUUUCAACGUGCUACAAGAGCUGUUUUACAUAAAAUUGAAGUAUUUGAUAGACGUUAUGCCGAUCUUUUGGCAAAUAUGGAACAAUAUGCACGGGCAUUUGUAAAGAGUUAUAAUGUAACUGGACACACAAUAAAUCUUCCAUUAGAUUCAGCAUCAACUAUUGUUCAUCUUUAUCGUAGUACAAUCGCCUCUCGAUAUAACAUCACACUACAAUUUCUUCUUUCAUCAGAUGAUGAUGAUGAUGAACAAUCGCCUCAUUCAUCUUCAUCUACCAAACGCAAUCGACAUAAUAAUAAUAAACCAGGUUUUAUUGACUUGACACGUGGAAAGGUUAGUACUGAUCACCAUUCCAAUCCAUUAUCAUCAUCAUUAGACGGUUCCGUUUCAUUUGAAACAAAUUAUUUAAUACCAUCAACACAAAAUGAUGCAUUAAAUAAUAAGAAAGUUCGAUUUAUUAUACAAAAACAACAACCAGAAAUAUCAACAACGAAUAGUAAUAUUAUAAUUACAAAUACAAAAGUGAAUGAAAUGGCACAACGUAGAAAUCUCUCUAAUUACGAUUUACGUGAAGCAUAUUCUCGUGGUUUAAUAAACUCAAACGAUCAUCAUAUUAUUGAUCGUGCUAGAAAUCAGUCAUUAACAUUAGCUGAAGCACUUAAAAUGGGCAUACUUAAAUUAGGUGAUCCACAAUCAUAUAAUAUAAUAUCAAAAACUGAAUCACUUGUUAUAUCAAGUGUAUUUGAUCAUCGUUUAAAUACAUAUAUUGAUCCAAAUUCUGCAAUAAGAAAAAAAAUUCUUGAUCCAUAUCAUGGUUUAUAUAUAAAUAAUUUAACACAAGAAUCAAUAUCAAUUGAUGAUGCUAUGAAUAAAAAUUUAAUCAUUGUUGAACAACAAUCAUCACAUUCAAAUAUAAAUCAACAUAAUGAUAAAUAUGUUAUAUCAACAUCAUUAAUACGUGAAACACGUUCAUAUCAUUUAUUAGGUGUUCGUGAUUAUAUUACUAAUAAAGAAUUAUCUGUACAAGAAGCUAUACGUUUAGGAAUAUUAGAUAAACAAAAUGGACAAUAUAUUAAUAGAAAAACAAAUGAAAUAUUUACAAUAUCUGAAGCUAUUGCACAAGGUCAUAUACGUGCUCAACCAUUACCAGUUGAAGCAUCAUCAUCAGCAACAGCAACAACAACAAAUACACAAGAAAUAAUUGGAUCAUCAAAUAUAAAACGUGGAACAGUUAAAGAAACUAAAACUUAUACACUUAAAAGUGCUAUACAUCCACGAACACGUAAAGAAAUACCAAUACGACAAGCGAUUGAUGAAGGAAUUAUUGAUCAUGCUAAAGGUUUUUAUGUGAAUAGUGUAACAGGUGAAAAUCUUCCAAUAAGUAUUGCAAUUGAAAAAGGUUUAAUAUUUACUGAAUUAAUUGAUCAACAUCCAAAACAUUAUGUUAAAUAUUUUAUUAUUGAACAUAUUAUUGAUCCAAUAACAAAUCGUCGUUUAGGUAUAACUGAAGCUAUAAGAACAGGUUUACUUAAUACAAUUGCUACUAUUUAUAAUCAUCCAAUACAACAACGACAAAUGACAAUUAUGGAAGCAUACGAACAAGGUUUAAUUAUAGGUAGAUUUAGUGAACAAAGACCAUCAUCAUUUGUUAGUGAUCAACGUCAACAAACAUUUUAUUCAAUAACUAAUAUAACUGAUGCACGUACAGAUAGAAUUUAUACUUUUCAAGAAGCUAUUGAACAAAAAUUAUUUGAUCGUCGAAGAGGUGUUUAUAUACAUCCAUUAACAAAUGAUGAAAUAAGUAUUGGUGAUGCUAUUAAACGUGGUCUUAUACAAGUUCAAUCUGUAUUAACACAAAUAACAGAUCAAACAAGUUCAGCUAGUUCACGUUCAAAUUUAUCAAUACGUAUUGAAUCUCAACCACAAACAAUACGUCCGAAAACAUCACAAGUAUUACAACGUGAAAAAGAUAUUAUUGAAAUUGAAUCUGUACAACGUAUACCAAGACAUCGACGACAUCAUCAUACAACAACAGAAGAAAUUAUUGAACAACAAACAACUAAUGUUGUUGAUCAAGAAGUUUAUGUUAAUCGAGCACGUUCAAGUGAAAGACCAAAACAACGUUAUAUUGAAGAAGUUACUAUUGAUGAUGAUAGAAAUAAACAUCGACAAGAAAUAGUUGAUAUUCAAGAAGAUAGACAAUAUAUUCAUAAAGAAAUUGUUAUUGAAGGUGAACGACCUAGACCGCAACCACCUAAAACUCAAGUUAUUAUUGAUGAAAGAAUUCGUGAACAUGAGGUUCAUGUUGUUCCACAACCACGUCCUCAACCACCCGUUCCACCACGUCCAUUCCCAUCAACAACAACAACCAGAAAAGAAUAUAUUGAAAUCGAAACAGAUCAUCAUAUUAAACAACCACCACAACGUCCUGAUGAUUGGCAUGAAGAUCAACAACAAUCAUGGAGUGAAGAAGAAUGGGAACAAUGGCAUUGUACAAUGAUGAUGAAUGGUAAACCAUAUCGUGUUGUUUGGGUUAUGAAUACAGCAACAGGUGAUCGUUUACCAUUACAAAAUGCAUAUCAACGUGGUUUAGUUGAUACUAAACAACGUUUAUUUUUUGAUGAAAAAUUAAAUCGUAAAUCAUAUGCAUUUGAAAAAGCUGUUGAAUUAGGUUAUAUGGGUAUUGAACCUGACACAGCAUCAUUACCAAUACGUGUUGAUGGUAUUGAUUAUAUGAUACAUUGGGUAUUAGAUUCAUCAACAAAACGUCGAAUAUUUCCUCGACAAGCUAUAGCUAGAAAUAUGUUAGAUUCUAAAUAUGGUCGUUAUAUUAAUCCAUAUAAUAAUUCUCAAGUAUCAUUACAUGAAGCAAUACAUUUAAAAUUUGUUGGUGCAACUGAAUAUGGUCCAGCAAGUGAUUCAAUAACAGUAACAAUUAAUGGACAAACAUAUAAUAUUAAAUGGGUUUAUGAUACAGUUCAUAUGAAAAAAAUUUUACCACGUGAUGCUUUACGUCAAGGUAUAUUGGAUAUACAAUUAAAUGAAUAUCGUAAACUUGAUACAAAUGAUGUGAUGACAAUAUAUGAUGCUAUACAAGCGGGUUAUGUACGUUGUACAGAUGAUGAAUCAUCAUCAGAUAAUAGUGUUAAACCACCAUCAAUAAUAUCUGUUGAUGAAGAUGAAUUAACAAUAGCAACAAAAACGGCUACAUAUGUUAUUACAUCAGUUAUACAUCCAUUAACACAAAAAGAAAUUAAAGUAUCUGAAGCUAUUGAUUUGGGUAUACUUGAUAAAGAAACAGGUAGUUAUCGAGAUUUAGUUACAAAUGUUCAAUAUGAAUUAGCUGAAGCCAUAAAUGAAGGUUUAGUUUAUGCAACAAUAAUUGAAACAAAAGAAGAUACUGAAAUGAUGACAUCAUCAUUACAAGAAAUUGUUAAAAAAUUUAUUGUUAAAAGUGUUGCUAUUGAUAGUGAUUCACAAGAAAAAAUUGGUGGUUUAGAAGCACAAGCUGUUGGUAUACUUAAUUAUGCACAAGGUGUUUAUAAUGAUAGAAAAUAUGGUGUGAAAAUUCCACUUGAUAAAGCUAUUGAAAGAAAAUUACUCGAUGUUGAACUUGUUAGUCAAAAGAAAUUUGAAGAAUAUGAUUUAGAAUUAAUAACGGAUACAAUAACAGAAAAACGUAUAACAUUAUAUAAAAUUCAUGGUGUACAAAAUAAUGUCUUAGGACGAAUGGAAUCAGGUGCUGUUGCUGUUAAAAAUCAAAUGAUCGAUACAGAAGCUAAAACUUAUACAGAUUUUUCAACAGGUGAAACAAUGUCUAUUCAAGAAGCUAUUAAUAGAAAUUUAAUUCAAGCUGAAAUAAGCGAACAUGUUGAACGAAAACCAUUAGGUUUAUCAAUGCAAAAUGCUAUUCGACUUGGAUUUUAUGUACCUGAAACAGGUACAUUCCAUGAUCCAGCUACAGAACAUUAUAUGUCAUUAUUGGACGCUAUUGAACGUGGUCAUAUACAUAUCAAUGGUGUUGCAUUUGCUGAUAGUGAACAAGGACCUAUAACACUUUAUGAUGCAUUUUCAUUAGGUUUAAUAAAUCGUCGUGAUGGUGGUAAACUUAAUCCAGCUAAAAUGACUUUAUAUCGUGCACGAUUAGUUGAAUCAAAAUUACAUCGUAUGAAUGUUGAAGAUGCAAUACGUUGUGGUUUACUUAAUCUUCGUACGGGUCUAUAUAAACAUCCACAUAGUGGUGAACAAUUAAAUUUAAAAGAAGCUAUACAACGUGGUUUAAUUGAUGGACAAAGUACUGUUAUUGAAAAUCCUUCAACAGGACGUUAUAUGACAUUAAAAGAUGCAUUAGAUGGUAUACGUAUUGAUAAUGAUGGACAAGUUAUUGAUUCACAUUCAAAUAAAGUAAUAACAACAUUAGAAUUAGCAUAUAAUCAUAGAAAAUUAUUUUCACAAUUUGAUGUUAAUGCUGGUGAAAUAUUUCUUCCAGCACAAAAUGAAUCAAUUGGUUUUGAAAAAGCUGUACGAAAAAAUUUACUUGAUAAUAAUCGUAUUAAAUUAUUUGAUCCAAAAACUAGUCGUGAAUAUUCAAUACAAGAUGCUAUUGAACGUGGUUUAAUUGAUCAUGAAUCAGGUUUAAUAUAUGAUUCACGUUCACGUACAACAUAUUCAAUACGUGAAGCUAUACGUCAUGGUAUUAUAGCUAUUGUUGGUGCACCACUUGCACCAAUUAAAGCUGAUCAUGAAACAGUUGCAGCUAAAAUAACAUCAAGAAAUCAUCGACGACAUUCAUUAGCUAAAAGUUCAUUACAUUUUGAUUAUAAUAGUGCACCGGAUUCAGCUGAUGAAGAUUCACAUGCUAGUUCAGGUUGGCAUCGUAUAUCAUCGAAAAAUCGACCAAUUAGUCCAUUAAGUGCUGAUGGUAAACGUAGUAUUCGUCGACGUACUGGUUCAAGUCCAUCAAGAAAUAAUAAUACUAAUCGUUUUACAUGUCGUGAUGAUGAUUGGAGAACGGGAUGGAAAGGAGGUAAUAAAGAUGAUGAUGAUGAUGAUGAUACAUUUGGUGGUGGAUCAAAACGUAUUGGUGGCAAUACAUAUUAUACAAGUUCAACAACAACGACAACAACUAAUCGUACACCAGAUAAUAAUGGUUCAUCGAAUCGAUCACAAGGUGGACGUACAUCAACUGGUUUUCAACAAAAACGUAAAUUUAAUUAA